AUGUAUGAAUCCUAUCGCCCUCAUCCCCUACUGGCUCAGGUCCCCUUGACCGUUUCCCCCUUCAUCAACCUCCCCACUUCCGUCACUCUUCCCUACACCUACAAGUCCGUUCCCUCGACCAUCCCCCCUUCAGUAACAGUCGACCCAAGUAACCCCGAUGUCAAACCCCGCUACGUGGUUUCAUCCAGUGGCGAGCAUGCCGCCUCUCCAGAAGAGAUUCUAGCUUCCUGCAACGCCCUCGAGCAGCACCUGAACAAGACACGCGCCGACGCCGAGAAAGCAAUCCGGGGCUGGGAGGACUCAAUCACCCAGCGCGACCUCGCAGAGAAGCGACGUGUGGCUCCCGGAUGGCUUGACAGAGAUGAGAAACUACUUCAACCGAGCAACUCGGCCGCUGGCCCUAGAGGACAUAGCCAAUCUCAACCCAGUCUAUUGGACAGCUCGUUCUCCGACCCCAGUGCGGCCGCAUUACCCUCCAUGGUACCGCGAGACGAAGGCGAAGAACUGGACAGAGCAUUUGGCGGGCUGGACGUGAAAUGA